AUGGGCAUCCAGAACUCGAAAAUAUAUUCCAAUCCUCUUCCUGUUUUUUCAAGGAAGAAGAACAAGGACACGAAGCUCUUUGAAAAUAUUACUCUGCAUGAUCAAGAGGGCCAGAAUGGCAAGGAAUUGAAGGAAUUAAAGGAAGAGGAGGAAGAAGAGGAGGUGAGAGGAGGAGACAGAUCUGCAGAAGAUGUGGACGAAGAGAUAUUCUUUAAGUUUGUGAUUCUGCAUGCUGAUGAUGACAUCCAUGAAGCUCUCAGGGUCCAAGAGAUGCUGCAAAAUGACUUUGGAAUUAAGCCUGGAAUCAUCUUCGCUGAAAUGCCAUGUGGCAGACAGCAUUUGCAGAAUUUAGAUGAUGCUGUCAACGGGUCUGCAUGGACUAUUUUUUUAUUGACUGAAAACUUUUUAAGGGACACUUGGUGCAAUUUCCAGUUCUAUACAUCCCUAAUGAACUCUGUUAAUAGACAGCACAAAUACAAUUCUGUCAUACCAAUGAGACCCCUGAAUAAUCCUCUCCCCAGAAAUCGGACUCCAUUUGCCUUACAGACCAUCAAUGCUCUAGAAGAAAAAAGUUGUGGCUUUUGUAAACAAGUAGAAAAAAUUUUCCAGGAUUCCGUGUAUGAGAAACAAAAGGCCAUAUGGAAAAAUGAAAAAAAUACAGUGGAUGCUUAG